AUGGCAGCUCAUACAAACCGAUCCCCUUCGCCACUUUCGUCGAAGCCCACUAACCCAAACCCAAGAAACUCUGAGAUUCACUUGACCACACGGAGAAGUUUCAACGGAAACAGUUCCUUGAAGCCUUCAGCUCUCACAAAUCCCAGAAGAUUUGAUCCAUUAACCCCUGCGAAUAGCCCAUCAGAUUGUGAAGGAAAGGAGAAUAAUGAAAGAGAUCAAAUCCCAAGAACCACAAAACUCCAAUCCCCAGCAAAGGGCUCCAAAAACUUCAUGACCCCAACGAUUUCUGCUGCCUCAAAAAUCACUCCAUCGCCCAAGAAGAAGCCCUUCGUGGAGAGAAAUGACCUUGUCCGAACCUCAAUCUCGCUAUCAGACGGUAAAGCCAUGUUUUUCUCUAAUGCUUCUGAAGAUUUGGAGUCGAAAUCUGACAUGAACAAGAAAGUCCCAACUUCUUUGGACUUGAAUUCCGCCGACUCUCCGGUCCCCAAGCCUUCUAAAAAAGUGACCUUUUUGGAUGUUCCUCAAGAAUCACUUUCAGAUUCAGUGGUAACUGAUUCUGAUUGCACAAAAAUGGAAUCUUUUUCGAAGAACGAGAGCAUUUUUUGUUCGCCCCUUUCGACUCCUAUAGCCCCACUCGAUGCCGAUCCAUCCAUGCCUCCUUAUGACCCCAAGACCAAUUUCUUAUCCCCAAGGCCUCAGUUUCUGUACUAUAAACCAAACCCCAGAAUCGAAAUUCUCUUAAACAAAGAAAAGGGAAUGGAUGGUGGUCCUGACGAUUUUGAGCAGACUGAAGGUAUUUUCAUGUCUGAAAACUUGUCUGAAAUUUGUUCAUCAGACUCUGAGGGCACAGAAGUUUCUGAGAAGGAUUUGGUGAUUGGAUUAGACUCCUCGGAGACGGAAAAACUAGAAGCAAUUGCCUCAUCAGAAUUGGUCAAUUUAGAGUUCUCAGAAAUAUCAAGUUCUGUCGAGAAGGAUAAAAAGAAAAAACCACGGGGGAGCUCUCGAUUCUUGUGUUUUUCUGUGGUUACGAUGAUGUUGUUAACCGUUGCAUGUGUGUCGUUAUCCGUCAUGCGAUCUCCUUCGUUUGAGGAGUUUGGGGUUAUUAAAGAAUUGACCUUUUCUGAUUUGGGGCACUUGUACCACCAGUCGAGAGCUGAAGCUGCUACUGCUGAUGCAAAAGUGAUAUUCGAUCGGGUCAUAAGGCGUGUGGAUCAGCUCUUGGUUUACUCUACAGCUUUCAUCUCAAAGAUGGUUGAUGAGCUUGGUAACGGGGAAAAAACUCAACUGGGUCCGGUGAAAUAUAUGAACCUUUCUUCUGGCCUGGAAAUUGAUUCUUGGAAUGGCGGGCAUCUUUCAAACAGAAAUGAUGAGGUCGGCAAGAAUUUAGUAGAGAAUGCUGAAGAUGAUGACGAUCUAUAUGAGGAGUUGGAUGCUGAAAUUGCAAAUUUCGAAGAGGAACUUGAAGUAUAUGAAGAAGUCAAUGAUUUCAUUGAGAAUAUUGAGGAACACGAGACACAAGAGGAUGAUGUGUCAGAAAUCAAAGAGAAAAUUCACUGUGACUCGUCUAGUUCGGCUUCUGAAUAUUCAGAAGACACUCAGAGCCAGGAAGAGAUCAUAGCAGAUCAAUCAACUUCAAUUAUUUCACAAGUUGUAGAAAGCGAAGUCGAAGCUAAAACCGAACCUGUUCCUCCUGAAAUAAUGGAAAUCGAGAAAUCCAGUGGUGACAUCAUCAAUCACGGUCCUGAUACUGCUUUGUUGGAUCAAGAAAGCCUGCCGGAUGAUAAUUCUCUAACCGAGAGUGUCCAGCGUUCGUUAACUCCAGAAAGAGGGUUUAUUGCCCAUAAUUACCACACCAUCGGAAUAUUUUCUUCCCUCUUUGUGGCUCUAUUUGCUUUUACAGCCUAUUUCUAUGGUUACAGAGGAAAUCCCAGUCUGAGUUCAGACAAUGUUUUUGUUCAAGCCAACAACAUUAGCAGCACCAAGAAACCAGAGAAAGCAAAGGCGGAGGCUGAUGAUGAUGUCAUGGACGUGUCACCGUGCUCCUCGGAAAUGAGCAGCUUCCAAAAGAAUGUGCCAUCUUACACAAAUAGCAAGAAAGAGAUUAGGGGAUUAUUUAGUGAGGUUCAGAGUGUGGAGAGGAAUGCAAGAAAUCAUCAGCCUUCAAAAAGGGAGUCUUUGGCCUCUUCUUCUUCAGAGUUUACCACGGGCUCGCCUUCGUAUGGUAGCUUCACCACAUUUGAGAAGAUUCCACUCAAGAAUGCUACUAGGGACGAGGAAAUUAUAACUCCGGUUAGGCGGUCGAGCAGAAUUAGGAAUCAUAGCCAGUUCACUUCUCCAUGA